GACGUAAAGGAAUACUGGGAAAUGGUGCUAGAGUGGAUGGAUUCUCAGCGGUCCGUCGCUGGACCCGGACAAACACUUAUGGCCAAAAGUCCACAAGCUGUAGCUGCCGAACACAAUAGCCCGCGGAAUGAUGACGCGACGUAUCCGAGCGGCAUGACGAACGUCAUCAACAUGCACGGCAUCAACAUGCAGAUCAUGGAAAACUCUUCCUUCAUCGGGCAGUCGCCUUCCGAGGAUCAGAGUGACCACCGUGUCAUCAGCAGCCUCAACGUGGACAGCAAAAUGUCGUCCUACGACAAAAUGACCGAGAUGGUUGCUGAGCUCAUCGCAAAUGAAUUAAAGAAAGCCGAAAUCAAUGGCGAUGAUCUGGAUAAGAUCCUCGCCAACCGGACCCUCCAGGACAGCGGAGACGAACAGUACCCUGAAAGCGCUGACGAGAGGGACGAUGAAGGUAAAAGAGCAGCAGGCGAAUCGCAGGCAAAGGGUGAAAAUCUCCUGCGGCUCUCGUCUCCCACCGGACUUCUGUCAUCCCCGCAGAAAGACGGCGGAUUUGAUGUCUUCGACAAUGGCACAGACUACUAUACCUGGCUUGACGACGUCUUGAAGAAGCUCCACGACAAGUUGGACGAAGACCAUAGUGUCGCCGAAGGUACAGCUAUGAAUGAGCGCCCUGGAAAGCCGACUGGGGACCAUGUCCUUAGCGCUUCAAAGUCGGGGUCUGAGCCGGGCUCCCCUGGACUCAUUGCCAAAUUUGCUUCAUUCAUCCGCGAUUUCCGCUAUCAGAACAGCACGGUUAUCGGAGGCCAGCCUCAGCAACCGCUGCAGCCUCAGCAGCCUCAGUUUGAUCCAGCCAUGAUCACCCGCCUCCUCGGGGCACCAAGAUCGCCAGGAGAGCAGCCACAGCAGCCUCAGAUCGAUCCUGCUGCAUUUAUACACCUCUUCGGCGCGACAAGGCCAGGACAGCAGCCGCAGCAGCCACAGCAGCCAGCCCAGCCGCAGCAGCCACAGCAGCCAGCCCAGCCGCAGCAGCCACAACAGCCGCAGCAACCAGCCCAGCCACAGCAACCACAGCAGCCAGCCCAGCCGCAGCAGCCACAACAGCCGCAGCAACCAGCCCAGCCACAGCAACCACAGCAGCCGCAGCAGCCACAGCAGCCGCAGAUCGAUCCUGCUGUUAUCAUCGCACGCCUCUUUGGUGCAUCAAAAUCAGGAGAGCAGCCGCAACAACCAAAACAGCCGCAGCAGCCAGAGCAGCCAGAGCAGCCGCAGCAGCCAGCUCAGCCACAACAGCCGCAGCAGCCAGCCCAGCCAGAGCAGCCGCAGCAGCCCCAGCAGCCAGCCCAACCAGAGCAGCCGCAGCAGCCGCAACAGCCGCAGCUCGAUCCCAAGUGGAUUGACAAGUUGUUCGGUCCCCCUCAGAAUAAGGUCAUCCUCGGUCCCGGCCCAUCAUUUGUUGCAGAGCUGAUCGAUGCCAUCAAGGCGUUCCAAAACCAGACCAAUUACAGGGAAAACACCACCGUUGCUGGCGAGCAGCCUGAACAGCCGCAGCUCGACCCCAACAUAUUCUUGAAACUUCUAGGAGCGUCCAGACCUGGCGGCCAACAGCCUCAGCAGCCUCAGCAGCCCCAGCAGCCUCAGUUCGACCCGGCAACUAUCGCCCAUCUUCUUGGUGCACCUAGGGACACAAAAGACCCUGGUGCUAGAGCGUACGAGGACUGGAGGAACUCUGAGGACAGGCAAGGCAUCCCAAAGGCGAUGUUCGUCCUGUCCGGCAACACCUAUAUCAAGGAUCUCGGAAACUUUCGCAACAUACACGAGUACGGAAAUGUGCCUGCAACUGAGCCCAGUGGACUCGAAUCCGGCCUGGAGCUGGCCGACUCUUUUAAGAGCAGCUUCCAGUCAAGUAAACGCGAUGGAGAUAUCAAGGAAAGUGAACAGAUCAUGAAACUCUUGUCCCAAGCGCUUCGCGGACAUGACGACGGGAGCACUUACAGUGGCAGCGUCCAUGGUCACGACGAUUCCUCCUCAGUGCAUGGACAUGAUGACAGCUCCUCCGUUCACGGCCAUGACGACGGCGGACGUCUGCGAGCACCGACAGACGCUGCAGGAGGUGGCGGCGAAGACAGCAGCAGUCUCACGAUGCUACACGUCACGCUGCUAGCUCUCGGCUCGGCAGUGGUGAUGAGCGUAGCUGUUGGCCUCCUCGUCGCAAAGAAGAAGAGGGUCGGAAACUUCCGUAGACAAGGCUACAUCGUCGUCUAAGAGACGAUGUGAGGGCAUAAGCAGAAGAGAAUCCUCUGUGGGAUUGGACGUCAGGAAACGAAAGCUGGGAGCGGAUCGCUGUGCUGCCAGCUAUCGACAUGUGUUUGUGAUAAUCGUCCGAGCCGUGCCGGGCUCAGGUUUCCAUGAGGCUUUAGUUAAUAAGCUAUGUCCAGCGUCACAUUACGGCCGCAUGCUUGAGUCAGUCUGCAGCCUAAAUGAACUGAGAAACGCGAUGCGGAAGAGUAGCGCUAACCGCUUGUGUGUAUCAUAGAGCAAUUUAUGUAAAUCUUGGCAGGGACGUUCCAUUUAAUUUGCCAUGAAGCACGUGGUAUGCUCUGAUUGGUUGGAUGCCCGGAAAAUGUAUACGCUAUGGAAUGUUUAUUGGUACAUGAAAUAUAUUUUGUAGCUAAUCUAUCUAACCGUAUCCUGAAACUAAAUAUGCUUCUGCAAAGAGUUCUAUGGCUCAUUAUUUAUGAAGUCCAAGCCGGUCUGAAGAACGUUAUCUUGCUCAUUCGAAAGACUGGCCUGACAUAUUUCACCACCCUUGUCUUCCGCUUAUUAUUAAACGAAGGGUACCACACAAUAUGAAAACCAGAGAAGCAUUUUAGAAAGGUGUGAUACCGUCACCCGUUAUUCACUGGAUUACUUCCUAUUCAUAAAGUAAAAGCUCUUUAACCCUCGCCGGACCUAUUGGUUUUCUACAUACGCGCCGGCCGAGGGGGGGGGGGGGGGCGGGUACGACCCCCCCCCUCGCCGUUUCGCCCCUGGUGGAGCUAGCGCGUCGCGGAAAAAACGAGCGUGUGCGCCGUUACGAGACGCAGAGGUUGGUACCCGAUUUUAAGGUCCUAGGUCAACCGGUGACCUCUGAGGUCAGGUCAAGUGCCCCAAGGUACGGUUCAGUUUUUGGUGAAUAACUUCGCAAAAAACGGCCGCAGAGCCGCGAUUUUGGCCGCAUCGUGUUCGUCUCGCUCAGGCGCGUCGAAUGAUAUACUUUUUGUUCGGGUCAGGUCAACUUGGGGUGUUGACCUCAGGUCAAGGUCAGGUCAGCACCCCUAGGUCACGAAGUUGGUCGAAAGAGGUCAUGUCGCAUAUCAUUCGAUUUGGGAGGUCUUCCUGAGUCCAAUGGUGGCUUCCCCGUCUCGCUAGCUCAAUUUGAUCAAGAGUUAUUGACGAAAAACUAAUAUGACCUUGAUGACGUCAUAAAUGACGUCACGCAAGGUCAACAUUGCAAAAGUGACGCAUCUAACCUUGCAAGGAGUGCAUCAAAUCACGAUUCCGUGUGCUUGAGAUAGUUGGAGAUCGUUCCCGGCGCCAGAAUAGCAGUUUGAAUUUUUCCCCAUUGACUUAUAAUGGUGAGGUCACGAAAAUGACCUGACCUCAUAUGACCUUUAGGAAAAAUCCGAGAUAUACAAGUUGUGAGACUCAUAAUGGAUACUAGAUCCUGCAAGUUUCAUUUCCCUGUGACAUCUCCUCUGGCAGUGAGGGCGUUGUGAAGUUGCGACAUCUGAAGGCCGUGCAGAGGUUUACUUAUGACGUCAUAGGUCAGUGACCUGACCUGACCCAAAAAUGCGGUUGGUGUCAAAAGAUCCGGCUUGAAUCAAAGGUUAGGUAUGCCAAGUUUCAGCUCUCUAUCGCCAGCGUGUUCGGAGCUAUCGCGAAAAAACCCUAUGGGGGGGGGCGGCACCCGCCCCCCCCCUCGGCCGGCGAGGGUUAAAGCCGACACGUUCAGGAAAUAAUGAUGUUUGUAUUGCUGUAUGAAUGCAAGUAUGCAAAUAAAGAAAAAAUAUGAUCAAA